AGUAAAAGGGUUAGUCGUGUAAAUUUCAAUCGUUUUGCCAAAAAAUCGAUUACAGCAUUCUCUAUUGUUUUUUGGUGAUUUCCAUAGUAGGCUUUGAAAUCUAAUGACAAGUCUUAGUGAUUGUAUUAUUGCUAAAACAUAUCAAACUCCGGAAGUAAGCAGACUUGUCGAAAGAUUUUGAUUUCUCUCAGAAGGGUAUGAGCGACUCACGUAACGAGUCAGCACAGCCAACAUUCUCAGGGACUAAGGACCUCUUCACGUCAAGUUCGCCGUUUUACCCGGGACCCACGACAUUUGGCGGUAGUGCAGCUAUUACUCGCGUUGACGACAAUUUUAAGCGUAUCAGAAUACUUGCUUCUGAAAUCAACGAAAAGAUGGAACAGCCAACUAAUUCGGAGUCCACAGAGUCGAGGAUCAUGAAACGCCGUCGUCUGUACGCUUUUCUAAAUAGGAAUGAAAUUACGUACAGGAAAUACCGCAAUAUACAGAAUGAGUCCCGGAUGGGCAUCAUUCAUGAGAUGGAGGAAACACAAAUGCCAGAAACCACAAAUAGGAAGACACCAGUUGUGCGAACAUUCUACUUCUCGGAGCCUAUACCGCUAAUGCAACAUCAUUCAAAGCGCGAUUUCGUAUUUUCCGAACCAACUCCUCUGGAUUAGGAUACUUGUUUGGAUGCUAUCAAGGAAUUUUAAAAAUGUAUUUCUGAAUUAUAUAAAUAUUGAAGGUGUUUCUGUAAAUCGGUUAAAGCCACGGUAUACAAAGAAAUUAAAAUAUUUUAGUAUAGCUCCUA